AUGGGGUACAGCGGCGGCUGCCAACGGCAGCCAAAGCGCAAGCGCAUGCAGCAGAACAGCAAGAGCCUGCAGUGCUACAAUUGCCAGUGUCUGGGCCAUACUGCGCGUGAUUGCAAGAACGCCGUCACGUGCUUGAAGUGCGCGGCAGCCCACGACACCCGCAGUUGCACGAAGCCUCGUGGGGCGGCUAGCAGCUGCGCAAACUGUGGCGGGCCACACACUGCCAACUCGCGUAGCUGCAGCUACCUCAGGGAGUCACGAUGUCAGCCCGCCGCACCACGCCCUGUGGCGGUGUCAAGUGCCAUGAUGGCCGCCCUGCCCCCCCGCUCCGGUGAGGGGUGUGAGCCGCACCGACACGAAGCCGCCACUGACGAUGCCAUGGCCGGCCUCCAAGCCACCUUUGCGGCAGAACGGGCCACACUCAAAGCAGAACUCGUCGCGGUUCAUCGUCAGCUCCAGCAGCUGCGCGAGGAGCUGCGAGUUCUGAACAAGAAGAUGGUGCUCGGCCCCACGCCCGCCUCACCCGCGGUGCGACCAGUGGGGAUCGACGCCGCCACGCAGACGUGCGCCACCUCGCCCCCUGCAGCUAUGCAGGUGGUGGCGCCCAUGGAAACCGAAGAUGUGACGCCUGGGCCGCCCCCCACUACGGGGACAGCUGUGCUACGGGGCGUGACUUUUACCAUUCCCGCCGGGCAGCUGGUGGCCAUUGUGGGCCCCUCUGGCUCGGGCAAGACAACCUGUUUGCGCCUCAUGAACGGCUUCUACGACCCACCACAGGGAACAGUUGAGUUCUGUUGUAACCAGGGACUGCUCGUUCUUAAGGUCCGCGUGAGUGGCGUGGACAUCCGACACGUGACGGGGGCGUGGCUUCGAGCGCGCAUCGCCUUCGUGCAGCAGAAGACGACACUGCUGGGUGCCACAGUGGCCGACGCCAUCCGCUUCGGCGUCGCCGGCAGUGACGCCGACGUCACGGACGUAGCCAAGAUCGCUGGUGUCCACGACGUUAUUGAUCAGAUGCCAAAGAGGUACGCCACCCCGUUGUCGGGCAACAUCAGCGACGACGUGCGGAAGCGGCUGGCCAUCGCGCGGGCGCUGCUCACCAACCCAGACAUCCUGCUGCUGGACAGCUGCUUCUCCUCCAUGGCGCCAGAAGUCGAGGGCGCCCUGCUUAGCGCCAUAACUGAGGCUCGGCCGGAGUGUACGGUGGUGGUGGUGACAUCGCGCCAGAAGACGCUGGAGUCGGCGUCGCACAUCGUUGUGCUGGAGUCCGGCGUGGCGGUGGAGGAGGGCUCGCUCCUGGAACUGCUCAGGCAGCGCCAGUGGCUCUUCCAGGCUCUACGCCGCGCCGCCGAGGCGAGAAGCGUCGACGCCGUUGAUGCUGAAGAGGACGACACCAUUGACGAAUUUGAGCCUGCAGCGUCAGAGCUGGGCCCCUGCCCCCUCCAAGCUGAGCAGGAGCCCCACCGACGACGUGCAAGCAGCGACCUGGGCGUCGAGGAGGUCGGCGUUCUUGCAGCACUAGGGCGCAGUGCCCGCCUCGAACAGAAGGAUGGCGAGCGGCCGCAGUGGGGCAGCGUGCUGCGGCUGAGCGCGCGCGAGUGGCCGCUGCUGGCCACGGGCGCCGUCGCCGCUGCACUCUGCGGCCUCAGCCUGCCCGUCUACGCCGCGCUCUUCGGCGAGUGCCUCGCGCUAAUAUCAGUUAAUCCAGUGGGAGAUAUCUAUAAGAGACUGGACUUCUAUACCAAGAUAUUCCUCAUAGCUGGCUGUUUGUCUGGGACAUCACUAAUUGUACAGGGCUACACAAUGGCGGCAGCUGGUUCACGGCUGACCAAGAGGUUGCGCCAGAGUCUGUUCGACGCGAUGCUGCACCAGGAGCUGACGUGGUUCGAGAAAGAGGAGAACGACAUCGACAGCCUGCUGCACAUGCUCAGGGUUGACGCUGCCAACGUCCAGAAGGCUUCAGGAGAGCAGCUGGCGCUGGUGGUGCAGCUGUGCAGCGUGGUGUGGGCCAGCGCGCUGCUGUCGCUGUACUACAGCUGGCAGCUGGGGGCACUCACCUUGGGACUGGCUCCGCUACUCAUCUACGCACUGCUCUACCUGUCCAAAACUGUCUCCAGGAGACCCUUCGACGAGCUCGAGGAACUCAACAAGGCAGAGGCUGUGAGUACACAAGCUAUUUGUUGA